AUGAAGAUACCGUAUCUUAUUCGCUCGAUUCGCUUAUGCCGAUUUACUUCAUUGCUUCACCGUAGGAGGCCCUCAAAACCGCUCAUCACUAUAACCGAUGUGGUAUUGCCUCUAAGCCAGGAAACCUCGGAAAAUUUUUCGAUGAGACACAGUCUUCGCCAAUAUUGUCGAUCGGACACCAACUCGACGGAGGAGAGUUUAUCAGAUUCUGAUUUGACACCAUCUCAUUCGUAUCGUAGCAGCCCGUGGGCCCAGCCCAACGCAUUGGAGAACCUCCUUAAAUGGGGAUCGCGCAUUGAGGGCGAAGACUUGGAUACGGCUAGCGCAAACGGCUCAAGAUCCGAAAUUUUCGCUUCUUUCUGCUUUAGUACAAUCAAGGACUACAGCCAAGUAUCUCGGUCGGAAUUACUCUCCGCAAUAAUGUAUGUGAACCAGAAUCGUGCUGGAGAACUCUUCGACCUUCUGGUGGAACAACCUGACUUGGUGGAAAUGCGAGAUAACCGAGGGAACUAUCUCAUUCACUAUGCAGUUUCGAGGGGCUUUCUCCGUAUCAUCGACUUGCUGGCUUCUAGAGGCGCUGACCUGAAUCGACCAAAUAGUCAGGGUCAGACGCCUCUACAUUUGGCCAUACUGGAGCAGCAGGCGGCAGCGCUGAACCACCUCAUUUUACUUGGAUGUAACGCUGAAUUGGCAAAUAACAGCGGCGCCAAACCAAUCCAUCUUGCCUGCGAGUUAAAUGAUGGGGAGUCCUUAAAGGAACUUCUUCGCUCAGCACGCAUUGACAUCAACGCUCCUGGCGAAUUUGGGAGCACUGUGGUCCACUGUUGCUGCCGGAAGAACAGCGCUGAGUGUCUACAAAUUGUGUUGGGAAUGGGAGCAGACAUACUCAGGGCGGACGCAAUCGGUAAGUAUCCCAUCCACGUGGCAGUCGCGUCAGGUAGUCUGGAAUGCCUGAAAAUUCUGCUGGAGUAUGAGACUGCUGCAAAGAUGGGAAAACAGGGCGUAAGAGGAGUUGAUGCGGAGGGAGCAAUUAAAUUUAUUGACACUCACCUCAUCAACUUACCCGAUAGUGAGGGUGAGACUGCUCUUCACUUAGCUGUCAACAGCGGCAACAUCGAGAUGAUCGACAAGGCCUGUUCUAUGAAGUAUAGGUACGCGUGA